AUGGAGAAAGCAAAGCAGGCCGUUUCUAGCUUCCUUUCCAAUGAUGGAAAGCACAGAACCACUGUCGACGAAGAUGUUAAGCCUCACGUCACUCAGGAGCAUGUUAUGCCUCAUCAGCAUGAGCAAGUGACCACUGCCCUGGAUAAGGAGGUUCAUCAAGAGCACCAUCAUACGACUGUUCAGCCUAUCACUCACAAGGAGACUCUUCCUGAGCAGCACCACCACAACCUCGUCCCUGUCGAGCACAAGACUUUCCACCAUGGCAAUGAGCAGGACACUCGGGCUACACUCGACCGAGAAGCUGCUAAAUACAGAGAUACCAGUGAGAUCCACAGUACCACUCACUCUACUGAGACUGCUCCCGUUGUCACCGGUGAACGAAUUCAUCACCAUGUCCAUGAGCAUGUGCAGCCCGUGAUUAAUAAAGAGACUGUCCAGCCGCACGUCGUUCACACCACGAUACCCAUUCACGAAACCCACCACGCCGCACCUGUUCAUCAUGGAACUUCUACUCUACCAACUAAGACUCUAGAAGAGUUCACUCAGGAGCGCGGCGGUCUCAAGGAGCGAGCAGCUCAGAAGCUCACUGAGUUUGAGGGUUGCCCUAAGCCGUACCGACGAGAGCUCCAGAGCGAACAACUUGAAGGUGACAAAUCCAUGCACCUCCACGGCCAUGGUGACAACUACGGUGAAAACCAGGCUUUCUCUGGUCGAGAGGGCCAUGGUAUGGGAAGCAACACUGAAGGUCUGGCCGCUGGCGCCGCAGCUGGCGCCGGGGCUGCUGCAGCUACUCGCAAGCACCGACACGGUAUCGGCCACAAGGAACGUCGUGGAUCUGCCUCUAGCAGCAGCUCUGUGAGCUCUAGUGACGAGGAGUCCCGCGGUUUGGGCAAGUCAUCCAAGACAAAGAACCGUGGCCUCGGCAGCUCAACCGGAACUGGCGUUGGAGCCGGAGCCGCCGCCGCCGCUGCUGGCGCUGCUCACUCUCAUCACCAGAACCGUGAAGGUGCCGCAGCUGCUCCCUCUACACUUGAAGGUAACCGAGGCAUCGCAGGUUCUGGUAUUCCCGGAACUGCCGGUGCUGGAUCAGGUGUAGAGUCUAUGGGUACCACUGGUAACAUGAGCAGCUUUGGCUCCACCAACCGUGGAAUUGGAAAUACCAACACUGCUGGCCUCAACAAGCCUCACACCGGCGAAUAUGACCAGGUCAAGACCGGAGGUCUUCACAAUGACCCUUUGAACAGUCAACACUCUCGUGGUGAUUCUGGCGUUGGUAUGCAGACUGGCAAGAAGCCUUCCCUGAUCGACCGACUCAACCCCAUGAAGGAUGCCGACGGUGAUGGAAAGAAGGGAUUGUUGGACUAA